AUGGACGUGGAAACCGAAAAUCCCCUCAAGCCAACCGACCAGAGCGCCCAGGAUGCCAACGAUCUCGCCGAAUUCGGGCACGAGCAGACCCUCGCCCGCAAGUUCAACAUUUGGAGCAUGCUAGCGCUUGCUUUCUGUGUCCUUGGAACGUGGUCAACAUUCGCACAGGAUCUCUCUGAUGGCUUAAUCAACGGUGGUCCUGUUUCGAUCCUUUGGGGUCUAUGCCUGGUUACAUUUUGCAACACCUGCGUGGCACUCUCGCUGGGCGAGAUUUGCAGCAGCAUGCCAACUGCUCUGGGACAGGCGUACUGGGUUUACCGCUUGUGGGACUCGCGCUUGGGAAGAUUCAUUUCGUAUAUGUGUGCUUGGAUCAAUGUGUUCGGGUGGUGGACUCUUGCUGCCUCUCAGGUCGCUUUCAUGACCAACUUCCUGCUCGGAAUGAAGGUCAUGUUCAAUCCCAAUUGGACUGGUGCGUCUACCGGAUGGCUUGAAUUCGUCGUCUAUGUUGGAUGUGUCUUUGCUCUGACAUUGAUCAAUGUGGUCGGCUGUCGGCGAGAGAAGUUCUUGCCCUGGUUGAAUAAUUUUGUUGGUAUAUGGUUCUUCGGACUUUUCUUCGUCUUCUGUCUUGCCUUGCUUAUUUCCGUGGGCAUCAAAGAUGGCUUGUCGUAUCAGCCGGCCACCUUCACCUUUGGAAAAUGGAUUAAUCAGACCGGGUGGCCAGACGGUGUUGUUUGGUUUAUUGGACUCGUCCAGGCCGCUUACGGUCUGACUGCCUUCGACGCCGUGAUUCACCUAGUGGAAGAAAUCCCCGCCCCACGCAAGAAUGCCCCGAAGGUCAUCUAUUUGGCUGUGAUCUCUGGCGCGAUCAGCGGUUUCAUCUUGAUGAUGGUCUGCCUCUUCUGCAUCCAAAAUGUCAAGACAGUUGUUGACUCACCAAGUGGUCUUCCUUUCAUGGAGCUCGUCCAAGAAACAGUUGGCCAAACUGGUGGAGCAGUUUUGAUCGCUCUAUUCAUCACGAACGGUCUUGGCCAAGGAAUCAGUAUAGUGACCACAGCCUCCCGCCUAACCUGGGGCUUUGCCCGCGAUGGCGGACUUCCAUUCAGCACAUAUCUCUCAGAAGUCAGUCCAACAUGGAAAGCCCCUAUUCGGGCACUAUGGUUCCAAGGUUUCAUCAUCGCCCUGGUGGGAGUGCUCUUCCUAUUCGCCGAAACCGUGCUGAAUGCCAUCCUCAGCGUCAGCACAAUCGCCUUGACAAUUUCAUACGGUCUACCUAUCAUGACAUUACUCCUGAUGGGCCGUGACAAACUCCCACACGGUGGUCAAUUCCAUCUUGGUAGAUUUGGAGCACCUGCCAACUGGGUUAGUCUCGUCUACUGCUGCGUGACAACUAUUUUCUUCUUCUUCCCCAGUGCUCCCAACCCCGCUGGUGGUGACAUGAACUAUGCCAUUGGCGUUUUUGGUGUGAUGCUUGUCAUCUCCAUCGCUUUCUGGUUCAUCCAAGGUAGUCGCACCUAUCUCAAUACCGAGGAGUCUAUUCCUCAUGUUCUUCAGGCUCAUGCUGUUGCAAAUGAGCCUGCACCAUCUGAGCCUAAGAAGGAAGAUCGAUGGAUUUAA